CUGCGCAAGGCUGGUUGUUGUUCCCGCAGAGAGGCGAGAAGAUGGCGGCCGUGUCAAGCGGAGGUGCAGCUGGGUCCGCUGCGGCCGGGAUUACGCACUCUACCCGACCGGCCCACGCAGGCAUGGGCGCCCAGAACCGACCACAGCCAUCCUCUGGGAUCAGCCACUCCAAUCGACCGGCCGCGGGGUGCAUCACCAACCCCGGCCACCCCUCGUCCGGCAGGCCCCCCCUAGCCCGAGUGGGCUACUACGAAAUCGAGCGGACCAUCGGCAAGGGAAAUUUCGCCGUUGUUAAAUUAGCAACACACAUCAUCACCAAAGCAAAGGUGGCCAUCAAAAUAGUGGACAAGACCCAGCUGGACGAUGAAAACCUGAAGAAGAUCUUCAGGGAGGUGCAGAUCAUGAAGAUGCUGAGGCACCCCCACAUCAUUCGUCUCUACCAGGUGAUGGAGAAUGAGAAGAUGAUCUACCUAGUAACAGAGUAUGCCAGUGGCGGGGAGAUUUUCGACCACCUGGUGGCGCACGGCAGGAUGGCGGAGAAGGACGCGCGGCGGAAGUUCAAGCAGAUUGUGGCGGCCGUCCACUUCUGUCACUGCCGUAACAUCGUCCACCGAGACCUGAAGGCCGAAAACCUGCUCCUGGACCACAACCUCAACAUCAAGAUUGCAGACUUUGGCUUCAGUAACCUGUUCUCCCGAGGCCAGCUGCUAAAGACCUGGUGUGGGAGUCCUCCCUAUGCUGCCCCAGAGCUCUUCGAAGGGAAGGAGUAUGACGGACCCAAAGUGGAUAUCUGGAGUUUGGGUGUGGUGCUGUAUGUUCUGGUGUGCGGUGCCUUGCCGUUUGACGGCAGCACCCUCCAGAACCUGAGGGCCCGGGUGCUGAGUGGGAAGUUCCGCAUCCCCUUCUUCAUGUCCACAGACUGUGAGUACCUGAUCCGACACAUGCUGGUGCUGGAGCCCAGUAGACGCCUCUCCAUGGAGCAGAUCUGUAAGAACAAGUGGAUGAAGCAGGGAGACCCCGACCCAGAGUUUGAGAGGUUGAUAGUGGAAUGUGAGCAGGUGAAGUCUGAGCGGGAGACAGAGCUCAUUAACGAGCAGGUGCUGAUGGCCAUGUCUGAGAUGGGACUGGACCGCGAGCGCACGCUCCAGUCUCUGCACACUGAUGCGUACGAUCACUACAGCGCCAUCUACAGCCUGCUCUCUGACCGCCUGAAGAAACACAAGACCCUGCGCAUGUCCCCGCCCACGCCCCGCCCCAUUGUCUACCCUCUCAACGCUGUACAGACGGAUCAGCAGGGUAAUCCUGUUAGCAUGAAUGUCCCUCACGUCCAGCUGAUCAACCCAGAGAACCAGAUCGUUGAGCCGGACGGAAACAUGGCCCUGGACAGUGAUGACGCAGAGGAGCCGUCUCCAGAGGCAAUGGCUCGAUACCUGUCCAUGAGGCGUCACACUGUGGGCGUCCCAGACCCCAGGACYGAGAUGCAGGAGGAUCUGCAGAAGCUGCCCCCUGGGUUCCCCCGUGUGGCKCCACAGCCCCCCUUCCCCAUGCCCCCCACCAUGGGCCACAUGCACACACUGAUGCCCACCCAGAACCCACACCUGCAGCCCACACAGCAGCUGGAAUACAAGGAGCAGUCCCUGCUGCAGCCCCCCACCCUGCAGCUGCUGAAUGGRAUGGGACCCCUGGGCCGUAGGGCRUCGGACGGCGGGGCCAACAUCCAGCUGCACGCCCAGCUACUGAAGAGGCCACGUGGACAGUCCCCUCUGGUCGCCAACCCUCACCCCAUCCCGGCUGUGGCUCCGGUGGAUGAGGAGGGUUCUGAUGGGGAACCCGACCAGGAGGCGGUGCAGAGGUACUUGGCGAACCGCUCCAAGCGGCACACGACGCACGCGCUCAUGAGCACAGCGCACGGCGCUGAGCCACUGGCAGACUCGCAGAGGCCCCAGGGCUCCCGGCAGAGGGGGUGGGCCCCGGAGCAGCACUGCCGGUCCAGCUACAAGGACUGUAACACCCUGCACUUGCCCAUGGAGCGUUUCUCCCCCGUGAGGCGCUUCUCCGAUGGGGCCACCACCAUCCAGGCCUUUAAGGCCCACCUMGAGAACAGCAGCCUCAUCAGGCAGCUCAAACAGGUGUACCAGGAGUGUGAGCAGCUGCAGAAGAUGUACGCUAACCCCCAGGACGAGAGGCUGCUUGAGCAUACACAACAACAGCAUUUCCUGUACCAGCAGGAGCAGCAGAUUCUACACCAGCAGAUACAGGCCCUGUCUUUGGGACACGGAGAGUGCCAGCCCAGUCACCUUACCCACCAGCUCCAGAGGUUGCGUAUCCAGCAAUCCAGCCCACCGCCUACACAUCCCAGCAACCACUUGUUCAGACAGCCCAAUCAGAGUCCCCCUCCAACAGCGAUGAUGCAGGGCCAUGGUGUGCCAUCAGCGGUUCAGUACCAGCACGGCCCCGCCCUCUAUCAGCCCUCCAGCGGGAGUCCUCCCCCUUGCGGCCUGCGCCCCGUCACCCUGCCUCCCCAGCAGCAGCAGCCCUGCUCCUCCUCCCGUGGCGGGGGUGUACCCAUGCCCCAYCAGCAGGUGACUAUCCAGGUGCAGGAGGUAGAGCUGGGAGGGGGCGGGGCCCAACAGCGCCAGCAGCAUGCCUUCCUUUCCACGCCGUGCGCCCACCGGGUCCUGGGGAAGCAGCUGAGUGCAGACAACGCCGAGACCCACAGUCGCAGCCUCGGACGGUUCAACACAUACGACCAGGCCGCCUUCAACAACCCCCAUCUGUUCAGUGAGGGGUCUCGGGCCUCGGGGGUGGUGGGGGGCUACAACCCCUACCUCCAGGGGACCUCCCUUAAGGUGCCAGGGAUGGAGGGCUACCAGGGUGGGGUGGUUGGUGGCGCUGGAGGCGGGGGCUACGGGAGCCCCUCUGCCCUGCAGCAGGCUCUCCUCUCCCCCACCCCCCUGGAGUACCGGCCCCAGCAGCACGUCACCCCCACCCUACAGGGUCUCCUCCCCCCCCGCCACUCUCUGACGGGCCACGCCGACCCCCGCCUGCCCCCCCAGGACCUGGCCUCCUUACUGAAGAGGCAGAGCCCUCGACCGGCACCCCCCACGCCCCCCAAUGUGCCCCAGGACUACGGUGAGAUGCUGCUGCGCCAGCUCGGCCAAGGGGAGUCUCUGGAGCCGGGGAGCCCCUACCAACACCUCCUCCAGAUCAGGCCCCUAGACGUCCAGCCCCCCAGCCUACCCCACUCUGAGAGCAUGGAGGAGGAUGACCUGCCACCCGGCUACCAUGAGGGCCUCCUGGCCAAGGCCCAAGGCUGUGGGGACGGCCAUGACCUGCUGGGCCCCCCCCGGGGAGGGACGCCCCCCUACAACUCCCCCACACACAGACACGGCUACAUCAGAAGCACCACCACGACCAGAGACACUGAGCAUGUUGACUGCAGGACCCAGGGGCAGCAGGUUAUGGAGCAGGGCGUGCCUGACCAUAACGGAGUGGGCUACUCCACCAGGGGCCCCCAGGGGGACGGCUAUCGGCCCCGGGGCCAGCUACAGCGCCACCACACCAUCCAGACCAGCGACGACGCCUAUGACCAGGCCGAGCCCAUGACUGGGAUGAGCCUAUUGGCUGGCAAGGCUCUGAGCUCCGCCCGCAUGUCUGACAUCCUCAGCCAAUCACCUCUGACAGGAAGCCAGCAGCUCCACCAGCGGGAAGAGUCGGUAUGUGACGUGGAGGGAGAGCUCCACGCUGGAGCCUGCUACCCGUCGUCCUGCACCAGCAACAUCCUUCAUAGCUACAAACCCCCAGACCUGCAGUACAGCAUGGAGCAGGCCGGGGUCUAGCACGGGAGCGUGUCCUGUGUAUAAAGGUCCACAUCAGCCACCUGUGUUGAGCAGCAUCACGCCAAACCGCCAUUGUCUGUCUGGAGGGGGCACUCUCUGUCAGUCCUGGGGGAGGGCAGGCUGUCUGCAGGCUGCAGUCCGGGGUGGGUGGGAGGGGAUUGGCUGGGUGAGGGGAGUGGGUCCAAUGCCAGCAUUCUGUUCUGCACAGCCAUCUAGCAAGCAUUGCCAUCAUUGGCUCUCUCCAUUUCUGCUCUUCCAUCCGAUUGGAUAGAUUGGGCUCUGCCACCCCCAUUCACUUCUUCCUUCCUACCCCCUUGUGGUCCCCCUCCCCCAACUGUUGCCACAGCAACGUACUCAUGCGCCUCAAUGUCCCAGGCAGUCAUACAGGCAAAACAUAUAGAUCACAUAAACAUACACGUGCAAACACUCAGCCACAAACCCAAAGUAUUCACACCAAGUCUGUGCGUGGGGAUUCCUGUGAGGUUCUGUCCGCUCCUCCCUCUCCCCUCCACUGUAUUCCGGUGGACCAUUCCGGAGCGGGCUGUGAUCUCAGAUCCUAUGAGGCUCUCUGUCAGAAUGACCCAUUACGUUGGGCUUGCGGGGAUGGGUUUGGUUCAGGCUCAGGGGUGCUAAAAAAACUAACAAUGGAGCUCAGUGACAUCGAGGAUCGCACAGCACAACCAGCUCUCAGUUUUUUAUUUUAUUUUCCUGUUCAAUCGUUCUUUUUCUUAAUUGUUUUUCAAAUUAAUUUUUACGGCUAAUGUUCAUCUAGAAGUUAUGAUCAUUAUUGUUACUAUUAUUGUUAUUACUGUUUACUGUAAAAUAAGUUUUAUUGUUAUUAUGAUUAUAAUGACAAUUGUUAUUAAAGGAAAAAAAAAUGUUCUGUGUUGCAAGGAGGACAACAUUUUAGUUUUGAUUACUUAUGUAAUUCUGCACUUUUAGUUCAAUGCUAUCUUUUAUUCUUCUCCCUGUUUACCCUCUCAUACUGCCUGUUCCUUUUCUCACUCCCUUGUUCUCUCUUGUUUUAUGCCCUUCUCCUCCCCCCCCGUUUU